ACGGUGGAUCGACAACAUGGGAAGAGGCCCUUUUCUUCCGAUGAAGCGGAGGAGAAAGAGGGCUCCACGGCGGAGUCCAUUUUCCCGGUGUACUCCGCCAGGUCUCUUCAUGAUAUGACUGCCAUGGUUUCUGCCCUCUCUCAAGUCAUUGGUAACAACAAUACUACCGCCACCUCCCAACCUAAUCCCACCUUGCAUGGAAAUUCACUACUGCCCCAAACUCAACAACCCAAUAUUCAACAACAAGAAGCUGGGGGGCAAAGGAAGAGACAUUAUAGAGGAGUACGGCAGCGACCAUGGGGAAAAUGGGCGGCCGAAAUCAGAGACCCGAAGAAGGCGGCGAGGGUUUGGCUGGGAACCUUUGACACCGCCGAAGCGGCAGCCUUAGCGUACGAUGAAGCGGCGCUGAGGUUCAAAGGCAACAAAGCCAAGCUCAAUUUCCCCGAAAGGGUUCAAGGAAAAACCGAUUUCGGAUACCUAGCCGCCACUACUCUCCAACAACAACAACAGCAACAACAUCAGUUUCAUGCGACGGCGGCUUCGGUUCUUUCUCCUUCCCACCACCAUUUCUCCCUGCCGCAAUAUCAUCAUCAUCAUUACGCCGCCGCGGCCCAGGCGCAGCAUUACGCUACUCUCCACGGCCAAGGCCCGACCACAAACGAUAAUAAUAACUACCUCAACUUGUUUCCCAACAACUACGAGGUUUCCAUGUUUCGUCCCUUUGUUUCUCAGCAGCAAUUCCCAUUUUCUCAGUUUCCGUACGGGACUACUUCCUCCUCCGCUUCGGGUACUGAUGCUCCUGAGGAUAAUUGGGAGGAGUUUGAUAUCAAGAACGUCACAAAAUCAUCCCAUCCAUAAUAAUAAACAUUAAUUUCUUCGUGUGUUUUAAUUUUGUUUUUAUUAGGACUAUAUUUUAUGCACGGAUUAUGUUUUUAAUUUGUUUUUCAAGUUAUAUAUUAAGCCUUACAAGCAAAUUAAAUGUUGCUUUUUAAUUAUGUAUGUUACGUUAUAUACGUUUGAUGAAAUGCAUGCAAUGCCAGUUGAAUUUAA